AUGGGAAGUAGUUUAGGAAUGAUUGACAAGAAUGCAGAUCUGAGAAUUUCUAACCUUAAGAACUUAAUGCAUUACCGAAAUUGGGCCGAUGAUUUAGAGAUCGUUCAAUUUAGCAACCUAGUAACACAAAUGGUUGAAAAAGUGCCAGUGUAUAAGGUUAGUUUUGGUGAUUCUGCCCGGUCAAAUUUGUUUAAUGAUAUUGAAGUUCAAGAGCUCGCAACAGCAGCAAUAACAGCAAUGGUUACAGCAUCAAUGUUACCACCUCCUUCACCAUCACCACCAUUUAUAAAAUUAAUUCAUGCGUUUAUUUUAUCUCAAAUUGCAUUCUACUAUGAAGUUCCAAAUAUUUGA